GUAAUAUUUAAUGGCAACCUUUAUUAAUGCCGUCUUCUCUCAAGCGAUUGUGAUUGUUUACAACUGAAAAUUUUUAUAAAUAAUUUGUCAAUAAUGAUUUAAUCCGAGCAUUUUUGUUUCAAAAUAUAAAUAUUGUGAUAUAUUAAAAGAGGAACAGCUAUUAUUUGAUAGUUCUUCUUUGUUAUGUGUAAUUGAUUUUAGAUUCUUUUGAAGUUGCAAUAACAAGAAAUCAAAAUGGCCGUACAUUCGGCUCCUCCCAAGAGGAAGGAAAUAUAUAAAUAUGAAGCUCCAUGGACUGUUUAUAGUAUGAACUGGAGUGUUCGUCCUGACAAGCGCUUCAGAUUGGCACUGGGAAGUUUUAUAGAAGAAUAUAAUAAUAAGGUACAACUAGUUUCAUUAGAUGAAGAAACAUCUGAGUUUACAGCAAAAAGUACUUUUGAUCAUCCAUAUCCAACAACAAAGAUUAUGUGGGUACCUGAUAGUAAAGGAAUAUGUCCUGACCUUCUUGCGACCAGUGGAGAUUACCUCAGAGUAUGGCGAGCUGGAGAAACGGAGACCAGAUUAGAAUGUUUAUUAAACAAUAAUAAAAACUCUGAUUUUUGUGCACCAUUAACAUCGUUUGACUGGAAUGAAGUUGAACCAAAUUUACUUGGUACAUCUAGCAUUGAUACAACCUGCACAAUUUGGGGACUUGAAACAGGACAGUCAAUUGGUCGAGUGAAUUUGGUCAAUGGUCACGUUAAAACUCAAUUGAUAGCACAUGACAAGGAGGUAUAUGACAUUGCUUUUAGUCGUGCUGGAGGGGGAAAGGAUAUGUUUGCUAGUGUUGGCGCUGAUGGAUCUGUCAGGAUGUUUGAUUUGAGACAUUUGGAGCAUUCUACUAUAAUUUAUGAAGAUCCACAACAUCACCCUUUGUUAAGACUUGCAUGGAAUAAACAGGAUCCUAAUUAUUUAGCAACAUUUGCUAUGGAUGCUUCUGAAGUUAUAAUUCUGGAUGUACGUUCUCCGUGUGCCCCUGUUGCACGUCUAAACAAUCAUCGUGCUUGUGUCAAUGGAAUUGCAUGGGCGCCUCACUCAUCCUGUCAUAUUUGCACUGCUGCUGAUGAUCAUCAAGCAUUAAUAUGGGAUAUACAGCAAAUGCCAAGAGCUAUAGAAGAUCCUAUUUUAGCCUAUACUGCAGAUGGUGAAAUAAAUCAAAUUCAAUGGGCUUGUACCCAACCAGAUUGGAUUGCUAUUUGUUAUAAUAAUUGCUUAGAAAUAUUAAGGGUAUAGGAAUCAAGUCAUUAGGAAAUAAUCAAUAAGUGGAAUAAAUUGUCUUGAAUUGUCUUGGAAUUUUUAUAUUCAUAUUUUAUAUGAUCUAUCUUUAUUAGUGUUAGAUUUAAUUUAUAAGAGAGAUUUGGUGUUAUGCUUUUUUAGAGGGGUUCAUUUCUUUGUGGGUUUAAAUUAUUUUUUAUUUUGAAAUGUUUUAUUUCUUAAAGUGACGAAAUGUAUAUCGUUUGAUAUAGCUUUUUCACUGUAGUUUUGAAUUUCUAUAUCUUUUUUUUAAAACUCUUUCAACAAUUAUUAAUUUAUUCUUGAAAUGAAUUACUAGAAUCUUAUAUGUAGUUAAAAUAAUAAUUUUUAUAAAAGAGUUUCGUAGUGAUUAGUUAUCGAUUCUUCUUGAUAUGCAUAUAGAAUAAACAAAUGUCAGCGAAACUAAACAAUAUGAAUUAAGCACAUCUAAUGGCUCUAAAACAGACAUUUAAUAAUUUCAGUUCUAUAAACAAGAAACUCUGUUAGUGUCAAAACACAGAAUGACAGAAGAUUACAGGAGACUAACAAGUAACAACAAAGAAAAAAGAUAUUUAACCAAUAGUAAAAUGGUAGAAGCAAGUUUGAUCAAUAUAAUCCAAUACAAGAAGGAAGAUAAGUUGCAAAAAUGUGAGGGUAGGUGGAAGAAAGAAGUUUGAUAAAAAAAAUUAAAAAAAACUCCAGGUCUGCAAGAUGUAAAAAUUGAAAUAGAUUUCUUAAAAAAUUUAUUUUGAUUUAAUUAUUGUUUUUGAACCAUAAUUAAAUUUAAUUGUACAUCUGGGGAUCACACUCUAUCACCCCUCCAUUCAUCUGUUAUUUUUUUCUUCUCUUCAUUUGAUUAUUUUGUUUACGCUUGUUCUUCCCCUGUUGCUUAAACUAAUUUUUCCUUGUUGAUACUUGUUUAUUUUCUGUAUUCUCUGUUUCACCAUUGGGAAGGUUCUUGUACAUAUAACCAAAACUAUUCUGUGUCUGUUUCUUGACAUUUUUCAUGCUUAUUCAUGUUGUAUAGCUUUAUUCCUUUGUAGUACAAAGUACAUCCUAUCUUAAUUACCUCCCUGUUUUAUAAGAUUUUAAUAAAAAAUAUUUUUGUUUUAGGAACUGUAAUAUAUAAUUGUUAUGUAUAACAAUCUUGUUACUCUUUAUGUUAUUUCUAUAACACCCAGACAAUUUAUUCCACUCUACUUUUUCUUAUUAUCAAAUUUCGGUAUGUUAUCUUUUUUUUUUUUUCAAUUUAGUUUUAAAAACAUUCUAAAUUAUAAUUUAAUCUGUUUGUGUAAUAUUUAUCUACAACGCAUUUAGUUUGUAAUGUAUGAUUUUUUUUCUUCUUGUAUAUAGAUCAUCAUGGAUAAUGAAUAUUUGGAAACAUUUGUUAUCCUUAAAUAUUCAUUGUCACUGUAUUAUGGUACUGGAUAUCAUUGAAUUGUUCUGUAUAAACAAAUUAUCUAGCCUGAGAUGUGUGAAAAUAUUCUGUCAACUCUCUGCAUAGACUCUGUUAGUUCAUACUCAUAUGAUAAAUAAAUUCAUUUAACUUUUUGUACAAGAAAAACAUUUGUCCCAUGUACAAAUUUAAAUAUGCAGGAUGCCCACGAAAGCCUGUUACCACUCUUUUAACUUAUGCAUUUCUGCAAAUAUAAUUAUAAAAGUAGUUUGUAGUAAAAGGAUUUUUCACUUGCAGCACGACCUAGGCGGUUGUAGAAUUUUAUUAUUUUUAUCUCAAAAAAGGUAUGAGAUACAAGGAAAAGCAGUGAAUUACAAAGUUAUAAUGUCGAACAUUAUCAUUUUGGACUGAAUAAACGUUAAUGUAACGAAAAAAACGUGCAUUUGUUUAUUCCGGAUUUCUUGCAUAUUGACAUGAUAAAACUAUCUAUAGGGGAUUUUAAAAAAAGCAACUAUUUAUUAGAAGAUAUCUUUAUUUUCAAUUUUUAAGCUUUGUUUAUCGAAAAUACCUUGUGAUCUCGGUAGCAGAAACUCUGCAGAUUGUCUCAGCAUCUGCAGAUUCAUCUGAGGUUUUAAUUUUUUGCUAAGAAAUUCUGCGAGAAUAAUAUGGCAAUAUAUCUGCAAAAGAGCUCUGGCAGUGAUAAGCAAUUUAUCUGGAAAGGAAUUCCCUUAAAUGCAUGCAGAAAAAAUAGAAAUAUUAUUGAGUAGUCUGCAUUAUAUUUCAACAGAAUGAUGUGCAUGUUUUAGCUUCACCUAUUUCUGACUUAUAACAGUGCAACAUGAAAAAAUUAAGCACCGUGGGGAUGACCCAUUGUUUAUAUUUUCCCCCAUACCUUUAUAAAACUAAGUGGCAAGGAAUUGCAGUGAAUGAAAGAAGAAAGAAUCUUUCCUUUAUUAUUAUAAUAUCGUCAUUGUCUUCUUUAAAAUACAGAAUUUAUAUUGUGUGAAGUAACGUACCUUGAAUUAAGAAGAUGAUUCUGCAGAUUAGCUCAGAAAAUUAUGCUUCCAGACUUGUAAAUUAACUUUUUUUUUUAACUGAUAUUAUUUUGUUAUGUCAUAGUUAUACUAAACAAACGUUAUGUCUGUUAUAAGCAUGAUAAAAUUUGUUUAUUUUUCUUCUUAGUCUUAAGGGUCUACAAGGGGACUUUAAUUAUUGAAAUAAUAUGUUGUUCUCUUAUUUCCUCUAAGUGGUGCUGUAAGUGUGACACAUAAACUUUUUACUAUAUUCGGACACCACUUUUAUGACUAAAAUUGUUGUCAUUCAAAAGUUAAAAAGGUGGUAAUGUGCACCGUGUACGCAUUGAAAUAUGACCAUUUCAAACACCAGCACACUUUUAUAGAUGUCUAUGAUGUUGAGUUCUAUAACAUUAGAUAACUCAGGUGAAUUUAUUUUUUAUCUUUUAGAUAUCAACACUUUUUAAUAUAAUUAUGUAAUCCACAGCAGCAUAGAACCCAGAUCCCGAGUUAAAUUGUAACUAUUUACAAAAGUGUUGCACAAAAUGAAAUAUAAAAUUUACUAAUCCGUAUUGUUUGUAUUUAUAUAAUUAUUUGUUUUACUGUAAAUGUUUGAUAUUUUAUUUAGAGAAGUGAAAAUGUGGUUGUUAAUGUUAUGUAGUUUUUAUUUCCUACCGUAGGUCAUUAAUGUCACUAAUAGAUGCUUUUGUUAGCUUUGAAAAGUUGUGAAAGAAAUGAAAAAAAUUAAUUGUUCCAUAAAUUAUUUGGUUUAAAAAAAAAUUCCCCCACUUUUUUAUUAAAAUGAACUAUGUAUAAAUGAUCAAUGCCUGAUAUGGUGUGAAGUAAUAUAUAUAUAUUUAAAAAAAAGACUAGUUAAAGUAAACAGGUGCUCUAGUUCUUUAAAGCAUUUUAUUUACAAAAUUAAAAUUAACUUUAAAAUAUUUUUUUUUUGGUUAAUACGAUUAGUCAUAGUUAAGUCUUGAUAAAAGGUUAAUUUAAUUGCUCUCUAAUUGUUUUUUUUUUAUGUGAUUAGAAAAUUUUACUUUAUUUAUAUUGUAUUAUGUUUAAGGGGGCGAUGUGUAAGUUUCUUCUAGGAAAAAUAAACCCAGAAUUUUUGGAUUUUUUUUUCUUUCAAAAAUAAACAUUUUUUAAAUCUGUUUGCAUGCAUUUAUUAAAGAUAUUGUGAAGUCCUAAUUUGUUAUCAAACACUUCAAAAAUGUGUUUGAUAUAAUAGCUUUUAAGGUAUACUCACUCUAUCAUAAAUAAAUUAAUAACUGUUACCUAAAUAGAAUAGCCAAAAUUCAUUUAGAGUUUCUGAAAGCUUUUGUAUCUCGCACAGAUCUUGAGAGAUACCACCACUGAAAUAGGAGGGAAACAACGUUAUUCUAUGCCAUAUAAAUUGGUCAAUUUUCAUCAAAUCAAUUUAACAUAUUGAGUAUAAUCUUGAAUAAAUGUACUUCAAAAUUAUGCAAAAGCAUAAAAUUUUUUUUAUUUAAAGUUUACAAAUAGGAAUUGUCCCAUCAAAACAACUCAUACAAAUGUUGAUAUAUUGUAUCGUUGACUUUGUUUUUGGGCACUUCUCUGAAGAUGGGAUCAAUAACAUUAACUGCCGUUAAUUCUGAAUCCUUUUGGUAUUGAUGUUAUUAACACUUCACUACUGAAUUUACUUUUCUAUUUAUAUAAAAUUAGCACUUUAAUAUUUUUUUAUUGUAUUUUAGGACAUUAGAUUAUCUUAAACAAUAAAUUCUUGCAACAAGCUAUCUGUGUUGUGAACUUUACAUGAUUUGGGUAAUCCAAUAUUUCAUGUGUAAGAAAGUGGCAUUUUGUUUCAGAAAUAUUUGACUUAUUUUCUAUUGCUGUCAUUUGUUAAGGAUUUUAUCCUAUUUAAACUUUAUGCUCUUAUUUUUAGUUGUAAGCAUCUAGACACUAUUUGGAAAAAAAAAAACGAAAACAUUUAUUUAUAUUUUUAAUGCCCAGUGGUGCAAUUGACAUCAUGAUGUUCAUAAUUGGCCCUUUUGAUUGUAAAAAAAUAUUUCAUUUAAGUAUUUAUAAAAAAAAUAUUUGCAAUAGUUCAUGUUCCUGCUACUAAACAAAAUUAUAAAUUUAUUCUUAAAAUUUUUGCUGUGAAUUAAAUAAAAUUUAAUUAUUUUCAGAGCUUAAAGUUUAGAUUUGUGUUAUGCUUUCAUCUUUUGAGAAUUGCCUUUUUACGAUUAUUUAGCUACUAAAUAAUAAAUUUUUUAAAAAAACAACAUUUUAUGAAUCAUUUAGGAAUAUGUAAAGCAUCUUGUAGUAUAUUUAAAGAUAAUCCUUAAAUUGUUUCAUUCAUCGCCUUAUAUACUUUACGUGUGACCUUGCAGUGGUCCUUUUCUUAACAUUCCUCAAAAAGGUGCUUUUUUUUAAAUGCCCAGAUGAAAUUGCCUUUCUCGAUGGCUGAUGUGAGUUUAUAGGAAUUUGAUUAAAAAAACAGGAAUUUUAUCUUUUCUGUAGUUUCAAAUCUUGUAUAUAAUGUUGAAAUCUUCAGUCAGUACUAAUUGACUUUUUUAUUUUAUAAUUCUAUAUAUGAUUCGUUGCAUCUCAAAAAAAAAUAGUAAUAUUUUUUUUUUAAAUUUACAUUUUUCAAAUUUAAUUUUGCAAUAUUUUUGAGAAUGAUUAUUGAUUUGGAAAUUGAAUGUUUCAUUCUAUGUAUACAUUACAAUAAAUAAAUAAAGUAAUAUGUAUAUAGUGUGUGGUCUUAGUACAACUGUUUGUGCAUGUUUUCUGCUUUUGUACUUAUGGUAUUUAUUGUGGUUUACAAGCUCUUGCUCAUUUUGUAUGUAACUUCAUCAUGCUUAUGUGUUUAUUGUACAAUCAUUUUCAUUAAAAUAUUCUAGUUCCAUUUUCACACAUAUUAUUUAUCUGUAAAUAAUUUCAUGUGCACUGCUGAGCUAAAUUGUUAAACUUCUGUAUUUCAUUUUUAUUUACUAUUGUUAAUUUUAUUGUAUAGCUGCCUUCGCUAAAAGCACAAAAGAUUAUAUUUACUUAGAGGCAGUUGGAACAUAAAAUUGAUUGGUUUAAUAAGUCAACACUCAAUCAGAUGGUGCAUCAAAUUGUCCACCACUCUGCUUGUUUUGUUGCUUAUGUUACCCUUCUAAAGGAUGGCUUUCUAAAACUUAGUAACAAUUCUUAAAUAGCCAUCCAAAAUAAAGGACUCGUAGUGGUUUUGUAACAGGAAUUAGUUUUUAGAGAGGUUUAUUGAAUAUUCAUUAUUGUGUUAAGUACAAAAAAGAAAAAAAGUUUUUGAAUGGAGAUAAAGCUGUGCCUUAACAAAUUUUAUAAACUUUCCCAAAAAUAAUGAGCUAUUUUAAACAUAAAUUAAAAAAAAAUUAAAAAUAUAUAUAUUUUUUUUUUAAAUGAAAGAGCCCAAACUGUAUGCCUUGUGGCAUUCUGCUUUUGAAGGUAGAAUAUUAACUCCUACCAAACUACAAAAUUGAUGACAAAUUUUAUCUACAGAUGGCGACUUUUAAAACUAUAACAGCAACAUCAUCUGUUGACAUUUUUCUAACCCCUGAAUGGCAACAGAACUGGAAGAAUUCAAGGAAUUUCAUCAAUUUGAAAUAACAGGAAUUUAAUUAAAAUACCCCAAAAGUAGGAAAAAUGGUUUGAGGUUGGCAAUAUUUUUGCCGAAAAAGUGUAAUAAUAUUUUUUUUUAAAAAUUGCUUAUUUUCAAUUUUAAUUGCAAAAAUUUUUUUCUUUUUUAAAUAUAUUUUAUAUUCUUGAAUAAAACUUAACUGAAACAUUAAUAGGAUUUAUGCCACCAACUACAAAAUUCAAUGAAAUCAGCCUAGAAAAAAAUCAGGGAAUUUUUGUUCUGAGGGAAUUUUUCAGAAUGGGUGUUUGUAGCUAUUGAGCAAAUUUUGAAACUGGAUGAGCUUCUUUACCAAGCAGCAAGCUGUACACUUCUAUUUCUUUUUUUAAUUAAUUUUUCAAAUUUGCUAAGGCAGGGGCUCCCAACCCUCUCUGGUUCCAAGUCAAAAACAACAGUUAGCAACAACAGGCCUUGCGACUAGAAUCUAUUGGAAAUUUGACAUUUGGAAAUUUUUUAUUAAAUUUACUGGGCAGUCUUUCAAAAAGGUAUGGACUUGCUCAGUUUUAGAAAUUAUCCUUAAACAUUUGCCAAGUCUUUUGCUAUACUAAGUGAUAAUGUAUUGAAACACAAUAAACUGAUUCUGUCUUAGUGUUUAAUUUGCUGUCCAGGGUACACAUAAUAAUUUGUGCUUUUAGUGUAUUUUAAUGUAGUUGAAAUAAAUAAAAAUUUUUUUCAUGA